AUGCCUUUACCAACCCCCGACCCCCAAGGCAAAUCAUCAGUGUUUGUUAAGUUGCUUUAUUACUCCAAAGAAGAUGGUAAAUUGCAAUGCACUCGCAAGACUGUAAAAGUGUUGCGUUCUUAUAUCAAUAGUGCCCAGUUCCAAGGUGUGAUUCAAGAUGUUUUAGGUAUCAAAUGUGAUAUUAUCCUUAAGAGAAGAUCUCGCCGUCACAGAGACUUUGUUAAUCUUUCUUCUGACGCAGAUUUUAAGGCACUCAUGAGAUCCUUGAAGGUGAAGAAUUACAUCAAGUUGGUUGUCAUUGAUAGUGACCAUAUAAAGCCAUUUGAGUUGUCCGAUGCUUUAUUCAAGGACCCAGUUGAUGGGGCCUCGUUUGCUGAAACAGCGUUUGAUGAAAAAUAUUUUAGCAGUACUGAAACUUCCUCUGGUGAACAAUCAAAUGAUGUUGACGCCAAAGUUUCCACCUCUGACGAAUCCAAAUCAGUUUCUGAUGCCCCUGCUGCUACCUUGAGCUCCCCGGUUCUUGGUGAUGAUAUUCUCAAGAAGGUGGUUUCUUUUCUUGGUGAAAACGGGCUUUUCAAGGAUUUGAAUACUAGCAUUGACGACCUCAAUAGAAAUUUGAUGGAGAUUGUUGAUUCUAAGAAAGCCAACAAAGAGUCCUCUGGUAAUGUUUCCUGUAACAAAGCUGUGCAUUAUCGCAUAUAUUGCGAUGGUUGCGAUUUUCACGGGGAAAAUUGGAUUGCUGGCAAUCGUUAUAAGUGUUUAAUCUGUGAUGACUAUGAUUUAUGUGAAGCUUGUGAGAAAAAGGGUGUCGUUACCGGAAAACAUUGCAACAACCAUGUUAUGGCCAAGAUUAUUGAGCCUGUUGGCAAGUUUACAAAGAAGGAUUUUUCUGCUAAAGCACUUUCUAGAAUGAUUGAUGGAAGAAACGGAGUUGCUGUGAGAGUGGAAACAAAAAACCCUUGUAUUAUCUCAAAACCUAAUUGUAAUGCUGGUAAACCUCACCCUGGUAUUGUUUGUGAUGGCUGCCACCCUCAUGACUUUGGUACUGAUCUUCGCGGAAUUCGUUACAAGUGUUUGGAAUGUUCUGACUACGACUUGUGUGAGAAGUGCGUGCUGAAUGGCACCACAACAUUGUCGCACUCUAACAAACAUACAAUGCUCAGAAUUCCUGGUCCAAGUGGCACCUAUCCUUUGAUUAGACCACACUUUUCAGAGCUAACCAAUGCAUCUUCUUGCCGUCAGGCCAAUGUUUCGCCAAGCAUUAUUGCUCAUGCUUAUUGUGAUGCAUGCAAGCAAGACAAUAGAUUUACUGAGGACAUCAAAGGUCUUCGCUACAAGUGUUUGAGCUGCUCCAACUUUGAUUUGUGCCAAUCUUGUUAUUCUAAUAAUGCCGAAGUUGGGUCACAUUCCUGCAGCCAUCCGAUGGCUGCUGUUAUGCCUGCUAAACAAAUGCAUUUUAGUAGUGUGUUUUCCAACUCGUGCAAUGAACCUCCAGUGAAGGAUUUGGAAAAUGCAUACUGUGACAGUUGCUCUGACAAAGACAGUGCCGUUUAUAUUGAAGGCUUGCGUUUCCAUUGUAGAGAUUGCUAUAAUUUUGAUUUAUGCAAAACAUGUUAUGAUAAGAGAGUUUCUGUUAACUGCCAUUCUCCAGAACACAAUAUGGUUGCUAUGUUGCCUGCUGCAAUGACUGAUAAAUUUGUCUUCCGCGAUGGUUUAGAACCUACAGUCACUACUGAUAAAGUUAUUGACCUUGGUUUCAAAAGAGAUUCUGAUUUGGGCAGAAAAGUCGAGCAAUUAUUUGCUGGUGACAAUGGAUUAAAGAAGUUGGAAGAAUUGAUCGCCAAAGCUGAGAAGUUUGAUCAAUUGGCUGCAUUAUCUGAGAAGCAAGACCCUGAAGAAAUUGUUGAGGAAAUUAAACAAAUGGUCACUAGUGCUGGCGAGACUCAGAAAGCUGUCAAGGAGUCGGAUGAAGUUAUGCAAGCUGCCAGUGUGCCAGAGCAACUUUUACAAACUGAAGAAAAAGAGGAAAUUGAGCACGUUCAAGAAAAAGAGGACAUUGAAGACGACGAGGCUAAAGAAAAAGAGGAAAUCAAAGAUGUUGACAAUAACGAUAUAUAUGAAAGCAGCUCGUCAAACAGCACUUUGCUUCACAGUAAAGGCUCUUCAUCUAUUAUUAUUCUUCCAAAACUAUUGAAGGAAUCUUCCUCGUAUUUACAAGAGGGUUCUGGAUUUGUUACCCCUGUCACCCUUAGUCCUGCAGACUCUACUGAUGCAGCUUCUGUGACCGACAAUUUGGAUGAAGAUGAUGGAUAUGUAAUCAGUGCUGAUCAUGAUGUUGUCAGUAGUGGGUGGGACUCUGAAGCUUCCUAUUCUAAUGACGACCUCGCCAAUGAGUAUGAAAUUUUAGACUCUGACAUUGAAAUGUGA